AAUGAACCGAGAAAUGUACGCUGCACAGCUGUAGGACGCUGUAUGAUAUCUAUCUGAUGCGCACGGCAGUGUCUUAGCACCGCGCUGGUGUCGGUACUACAUACUACUAGCAGUACAUCGCCUUGUGGCUGGCUGCUGAUAGAGAUCACGACUUACUCCUAAGUUUACAGCAGUAAGGGCCCAGCGGUGAGCUGGCAAGAGGCAGAUUUACGCCUUACCGCAUAUCCAACUGGCAUACGAUCAUCGAUGAUGCUUCGAGACUAUAUACUACUUUCGUUUCUUGCAGUCACGGUUUCGCCUCGCUCUUUCCAUCAUUGCUAAUAUUCAUCUUCUCUCUGUCGCUUAUUCUGUGGACGUUGUUCACCACUCAGCUCGGCUCUUUUGAUCCGUCAACUUUGAUAGGUGCAUUACUCUUCAAGGGCCGUUUGCUAUCGAAAAGUACCACAGGAAGACCGAAGGAAAGGAGUGAAAAGGGUGUUCAGAAUCCGAAACCCUAGCUCUGGUGGUGUCACCAAUAACUGUCUGUGUCGGUCGUUAUUCCAUUCGUCAACCAAUUCUGAAACCUAGGCGCUCGGUUUGAGAUGGGAAGUUGCAGCAUUUGACAACGCUUGUCUCGAGAUAUUGCAAUCGGCCUUGGUCUCCGUUUGUGUGAGGUAAGCCAACUGGUCACGGUGUUUGUUCUGCUUCAUCAAUUGCUCAACAUAAUUAUAUAUACACUGGCCUUUCCUCGUUCCUUUGCUCUACUUCCAACCCUUCUGUGCUCGCCCGACGCGAUCUUGUUUGGAGUUCCCGUGAAUCGUAUUUUGUUUCCUCCAUGGACAGCUCUACGAAUAUGGAUGACUUACUUAUCCCCCCCCGUAUCAUAGAUACUGGCUCUCUGGUGUUGUGGAUGGCCUCCUCGGAAGUUGACCUCAAGGUCCUUGGCAAUUUUGCCGCUACCAUCAAUUAUGAUGACCCCUUUCUCUCUGCGAUGCUAUACAGGGUCCUGGGUCUCUCUGUCAUGUUGUCGGGGAAGCUCCUGCGCGCGCGAAGACUCCGACGACUAGAUCCUACCCGCGAAACAAAGUCUCUCCAGUUGUACCACCACAUAAUAUGGCUGUCUCGUGAAGGUCUUUUGAUACUGGAGCAGUAUGUGCUUCCGAUGGUGGAAAGAUAUGUGGAGCUCAAGGUUUUGGCGUACAAACUGAGGGCCUCGUUUUACCACAUUUUUGUCCUUUUCCACAACCAGCCUGCCAUUCAUUCUCCAGGAAUCGUCAGCAUCCCCGGUAAUGUCUCCUUACAGGAAGGCGAUGGGAAUGCAGGCCCCAAAGCUUCUUUAAAAGAGAAGGGAUCCAAGUCUUCGAAACCCGAGGAGACGUCGACGCCUAGAGAAACUAGAGAGACCUCUUUGCCGGCGCAGAGCGCCUCGCGCCAUCCACCGGGCCUGGCACCGGUCCAACCGCCAAAGCCAGCAUCUUCGUUUCUGCUUCCUGCGAUAGACUAUACCACUACCGCCACCGCGUGCUUCAACCAUUCCGCAGCCUUAGCCGACAAGUUGCUUCCCGGUUCGCAUCCGAUCCGUCUCUCCGUCAAGCUCGAGUACGCUGCAUAUCUCCAUGACUGUCUCCACGACCCGGGUGCUAGCCGGCGCGUGGCAAAGCAAGCCAUUGCAGACGUAUACAAUGCACAGGAAGGUAUGGAUGAUGAGAGCUUCGAGGACGCAGCCGAGAUUGUACGCAUUCUGGGCAAAAUGAUCAAGCGAGGAGAAAGGGAGAACAGUGCCGGCCAGAGCAGUGCGGUUGGCAGUGAUGGAUCGAUUAACGGCAGCGGUCCAAGUCCGUCAGCUAAACAGUCUGAAAUGACAGCUGCUGCGACCCCACCUAUGCUUCCCGCGAAGAGCACCGUGGAGAAAAAGUCGCCCGUCGGGAUGUCAGGACCGGCGACAAGCGGCAGCGUCCCUGCCGUACCGAGUCCCAAGAUGGUGAAUCCCAUAUGAUAAUGAUGGCACUAUAUACAAGUUACAAGCAUGAUGGAUGAGCUUACGCUGAAUAUACCCCCUUGCGCAUAUUGGAUUUACUCUGCGAGUUCUGUUCCAUUCUUUGCAGGCAGCUGGGCUUGGCAUCCAUGUGGUCACAUACUUUUUACCUGUAUAACGGUUGUACAUAAUCCGAGUGUGUAUGAUGGUGGGCAGGGAAUGUGUAAAACUUGCAAUUGAUAGAAUGGAUAGAAAGCAUGUGUACAUCAAACUCUAAGCAUCCGAAUAAGACUGCUUGCAGGCUGAGUGGUACAUUAGCGUUUGACCCUCACCGUCGACGUUAUCCACUGAGAUUCGCAAACACGC